GUCGGAAAUGGAGGUGGAUGUGUGUGGCGAUCUGUUGGACAAUGGGCCCAGGGGCCACAGCAGCGUGGAAAACCAGGGCCACUACGUCCUCAGCACCCUGGCCGAGGUGGUGGAGAGAGUGUUCAGCUUUCUGCCUAGCAAAGCCCUUCUGAUAGCGGCCUGUGUCUGCAGACUGUGGAGGGAUAGUGCUUGGCGCAAGUUGAAAGCAAGGCAAAAAAUAACAUGGAUCUCCUCCCUAGGAGCAGGAGACUUGGACUUGGAUGGUCACUCGCUGGUCCAUGUUGUGAGAGAAGAGCUUGAGAAAAUAUAUAUUAUUCCGGAAAUGUUUCUGUACUUCACAGACUCCGAGUCUCUUAAUGACCGUGGAGCACAGUCUGGGCCAAAGAAGCCCAAAAAGAAACACGGUUCAGAAACGGCAUCUGCCUUGGAGAAGCUUCUACCUAGUAAAUGUCAACUUGUUGGGCUUGCUACACCAGGAAUUGUAGUUACUCCCAUAGGAUCUCCAAAUAAUCAGCCAGUGGAGAUGGAAGAUGGAGUGUCUGGCUUUGCACUUCUGUUCCCCAAAAUCGCUGGAGUCAAAAUCCAAAAAUUUCAGUUCUUCAAAGACUCGAAGUGUAAAGUAUUCGAUGAGAGCAAACUUGAAGAGGCUGGUCUUAAAAAUAAUCCAGACCUGCGUGUGGUUCUGAUCUUUGGAUACAACACAUGGAAACAUGGAGCUACCCGUUUCUUACAUCAAGUCUUAAACCCUCUGAAUGAGAAAAGUAUUAUCAUUGCUGGGGGCCAGGUUGAGUACCUUGCAUCAUUUUCCUCACAGGUAAAUCCUCAGGGAACAGACUGUAUUGGUGUAGUUGGCCUGGCACUGAGUGGACAACAGAUCCAAGGAGCCACAGUUCUACUGGACCAAGAUGUCUAUGAUGAAAAGACCGCGGACUCUGCCAUGCAGCGCCUUAAAGCUGCCAGUAUACCCACAGAAAACAGCGUGGGGCUCAUGUUUGCAUGCGUUGGCAGAGGAGAGCAGCACUACAAGAAGAAAAAUGUUGAAGCAGACUCUUUUCGGAAGCACUUUCCCAAUGUGCCUUUGCUUGGUUUCUUUGGCAAUGGCGAGAUUGGCUGUGACAGGGUAGUGGGUGGAAAUUUUACACUGCGAGAGUGUAACGAUGAAAAGGACAACCUUUUACAUGGAUACACAACAGUGAUGACAUUAAUUCAUUUUGGACCAUCAAAGUAGUACCCACUAUUCCCAAAAGUGGUAGCAGAUGGAUGAUGACAUUACCAGACCUAUAAUCGGGGUUCUCCACAUUACUGCCAGCAAUGUGGGCUAGUGUGUGCCAGUCACCACAAGUGAUACUGCCUCAAAUGAAGAAAUGGUUCCUUUGUCAAGUUCUAAUAAUUCUCCUUCAGUGACUUUAAUAAAUGUGAUGCCUUUAUUGCUUUAUUAUAAUUAAGCAGCCACCAGUAUUCUCAGUGUCUGUCUGUAUGAAUAUAUGUAUAUCAGAUAUUCGUUAAUUUGCUUUUAGAAUAUAUGAUGCGUAUAGGUAAUGAUUACAGAGAGAGGGAAAUACAGUAACCCAUUUCCAAAUAACUAUUAUGAAAAAUUCAAACCAGAUCAUU